UUGGCGGGAAAUACUAACUAUAAUAUCCUCGCUAAUGUAAAAGAAAAGAUGGCGGCUGGGAAGAUGUGCAGCAGAAAGACCAAGGAGGAAACAGCUGAGUGGACAGGGUUGUUUAUGAGCGACUUGAAAACAGCACAACAGUCGCUUGUCUUCGUCAAGAGGAUGAUGGCUGUGGCAGUCUCCUCCAUCACAUACCUCAGAGGGAUUUUUCCGGAGGAUGCCUACAGGUCCAGAUAUCUGGAAGAUUUGUGCAUCAAAGUUUUGCGUGAAGACUGCAACACCCCUGGUGCCAGCAAAAUUGUGAAAUGGAUGAUGGGCUGCUUUGAUGCACUAGAGAAGCAGUAUCUCCAGAUCGUUUUCAUUGGGGUAUACACCAAUCCAGAUGAACCCAACUGCAUUAUUGAGUCGUACCAGUUCAAAUACAAAUACACCAAGAAGGGGCCGGAGAUGGACAUACUCAGGAACAACGACAUGGAGAUGCGUGUGACACUGGAGGACACCAAACGAGCCUCUGUGCUGCUCAUCAGGAAGCUCUUCCUGCUCAUGCAGAACCUGGACGCCCUCCCCAGUAACGUGUACCUCACCAUGAAGCUCUACUACUAUGACGACAUCACCCCCGCUGACUACCAGCCGCCGGGCUUCAAGGAGGGCCAAUGUGACAGCAUCUGGUUUGAAGGCAUGGCGGUGCACUUCAAAGUGGGAGAGGUGGAGACGCCGUUCCACACCUUGAGAGUGCGCGUGUCGGCAGAACAAGGCCGGCUGGAGAAGCUUCAAGUCGGGAACCACCUGAAGGAGACCAACCAGGAGAAAACCAUCACGGCCCCUCAGAAGAAAACGCAAGAUGACGAGGAUCUACCUUCUGAAGAUGAGUCUGCACAGUUCAAGAAACCUACAAAACCCAUGGCAAAGAAAAAGAGAAAUGCACCUGCCAAAAAACUGUCAAGCAAGAGAAGAAGAACUUAGGAACGCCAGACAACACAAAAGCUCUGUCAGCAGAAAUCCAAACAUAAACGAUCCCUCCAUUUUAUUACAAUGUUAAACUCUGCUUAAUGUUAUGUUACAAUGUCUUUGUUAGACAGGUUCUUUACAUAAUUAUUUCUACCUACAAGGCACAAUGUUACUGUCACAGUUCUAAUUUAAACAUUGAACAAAAAGCAUACAUGAAAUGUACCAUCUAGAUGAAUAAAAUUAAUGCAAUGUUCAAAGAG